CAGCACUUUUUAACUGAACCAACGGCCACAAACGGUACAAUGUACCAUAGCUCGUUAGUGCUGCGUAAAAUCGCGCUGAUCCUGUCCAUUGUGGGUCUGAUCCUUUUCGUCAUCCUGGCGAUAUCCCUUCUACUCAGCCGCGACGACCCAUAUACGACCUAUCACAACCUGCCCCUGGAGGCCAUAAUCCCCGAUCCCAGCGCCGCGGACAUCGUCGCCGCUAGCGAUAGCAACUUACCGGUGCAUCUCGUCCGUUUAUACCGCCGCCGGUCCGAUCGUCACGCCCUCUGCUGGUUCGAGUGCCUGGCGGUCCUCUCCAUGUUGGCCUUUCUGCGCCCCACCCACAUCUACCUCCACACCAACUAUCCCGAUUUCUGGCCGUUCGAUACGUGCAGCGGACUGAUCCGCGAUUGGAGCGCGGUGCGCGUAGUACCGGUACGUCGGCGCUACCACGCCAACGGCCGCCGCAUGAACCAUGUCGACCAGUACAUCGCCCACGAGGCCGAUAUGAUCAAAUUUAUUACGCUGUAUAAGUACGGCGGACUGUUCCUGGAUUUCGAUGUUUUUAUACUGCCUAAUAUCACAACUCUCCUUGAUGAGCUGCAAACGCACGACUGCAUCACCACCAAGGAGCACCCGAAAUACAAUCCGGACGCGCUGAACAGCGGCUUCAUCGCCUGCCGCCCGCAGACGCCCUUCAUCGCCGACAUCUUGCGCCGCUACCGCAACGACUACCGCCCCGAGUGGACGUACAACAGCGGCUACGUCCCGUUCGGCCUGUACAACAGCAGCCGCAGCGCCACCUACCGGCAGCGCAUCUACAUCGACGAGACGGUCAUCCAGAACGAAGCGGAAGCCGUGUGGAAUUCCACCACGGGAUUGUGGCGCGCCGAAGGGGUCUUUGAGUGGCGGCAGAAAGCGGCGUAUCACGCGGUGUUUCAUAACUGCUCGUUAAACGAAGAGACACUGCGCCGGCAUAAUACGAGUCUAGCGCAGCUGAUGCGCUUUGUCUUGGACAACGGACGCGCGUCUUUAUAGAAAUUAUUCUC